GUCAUGUUGCUGUGGACUUCUCCCAAGAGAAGGGGGAAAGCCUAGACCCUGCUUAGAGGGCUUUGUACAGAGACUGGAUGUUGGAGAAUUGAAAUAGAAUAAGGGCUAACUAAUCACCCAGAGCUCUCACCUGUGCAGCGGAACAAAGAGCCCUGGACGGUGAAGAGAGAGGAAGCAGAUUUAUCUUUUUGACACCCAUGAAUACAAGUGCAAGAAGAGGAAAAAUGGCUGGUUCUUCAGUAAAUACAUCCCAGGGUCCGUUGACAUUCAGGGAUGUGACUGUGGACAUCUCCCAGGAGGAGUGGGAAUGCCUGGACUCUGCUCAGAGGGCUUUGUACCUUGAUGUGAUGCUGGAGAAUUACAGCAACCUGAUCUCUGUAUUAUUGUGUGCAAGGCAGACCUGGUCCCAUGUCUGGAGCAAAUCCAAGUGCCCUGGAAUGUGAAGAGAGAGGAGAUGGUGGCCGACCCAGGUGGGGAGAAUCAACGGAUGUUGAAUGAAUCAGAGGAGGUCUUGGAUGAAGACUCAAAGUUUACUAUCGAUGAGCAUGUGGCAGUUCAACAGAAGUCACGUAAAUGUAAUGAGCUUGGCAAAAUGCUUCAUGAAUCCUCCAAAUGGACACUAUGCAAAACCAAUAAUACUACAGAAAACUGCUACAAAGACAGAUGGAUACAAAACCACAGGGAUGAUUGUAUUGAAUCAGUCAACUUCAGUAGCUAUAAACACAUGCACACUGGAGAAGAACCUUGCAAAUAUAAAGAUGUUGACAAAUCUUUAAGUUUAUUUUCAAACAUAAGUCAGAGUCAUGGAAUCUACAUAGGGAAGAAAGUGUAUAAAUAUAACGAAUAUGAUAAAUAUUUUGGCUUUACCCCAAAACUUGUACAGCUAAGAAUCCAUAAUGGAGAAAAAUCACACCAAUUCAGGAAAUGUGAAAAAUCCUUGAGGACCUAUUCAAGCCUCGGUACACAUCAGAGAGCUCUUACUGGAGAGAAACUGUGGAAAUGCACAGAGUGUGACAAGUCCUUUAAGUGUUUGUCUGACCUUAAAACCCAUUACAGCAUCCAUCCCGGAGAGAAACCUUUCAAAUGUAAGAAAUGUGACAAAUCUUUCACCUACUGCUCAUCGCUUAGAGAACAUCAGAACAUCCAUGAGGGCAAACUUUACAGAUGUUGGGACUGUGGCAAAUCCUUCACCCGCUGUUCAUCUCUUAGAGCCCAUGAGAAAAUUCACACUGGAGAAAAACCUUUCAAAUGUAAGGAAUGUAAUAAGUCCUUUUAUAUGCUGUCCCAACUUAGAAAACAUGAGAGAAUCCAUACUGGAGAGAAACCUUACAAAUGUAAGGAAUGUGACAAAUCCUUUACUUACUGCUCUUCUCUUAGAGAACAUCAGAACAUGCAUGCUGGAAAAUUUUAUAAAUGUCAGAAAUGCAACAAAACCUUUACCCGGUGCUCAUCUCUUAGGGCACAUGAGAAAAUUCAUACUGGAGAAAAACCUUACAAAUGUAAGCAGUGCGGUAAGUCCUUUUAUAUAUUGUCCCAACUUCGAAAACAUGACAGAACCCACACUGGAGAGAAACCUUACAAAUGUAAGGAAUGUGGAAAAUCCUUUACCCAGUGCUCAACCCUUAGGAUACAUCAGAAAAUUCAUGCUGGAGAGAAACCCUACAAAUGUCAAGAGUGUGGUAAGUGCUUUUAUAAGUUAUCAUACCUUAAAGUCCAUUACAGAACCCAUACUGGAGAGAAGCCUUACCAAUGUAAAGAAUGUGGUAAGGGCUUUUCUCAGUUGUCCUGUCUUAAAAGCCAUGGGAGAAUUCACACUGGAGAGAAACCUCAUGAUUGUAAAGAAUGUGGUAAGGCCUUCUAUCAGCUGUCACACCUGAAAGUCCAUUACCGAAUCCACACUGGAGAGAAACCUUACAAAUGUAAUGAAUGUGACAAAUGCUUUACCAAGUGUUCAUCUCUCAGAACACAUCAGAAAAUCCAUGCCGGAGAGAAACCUCAUGGUUGUAAGGAAUGUGGUAAGGCCUUCUAUCAUUUAUCACACCUUAACAUCCAUUACAGAAUUCAUACAGGAGAGAAACCUUACAAGUGUAGUGAAUGUGACAAAUCCUUUACUACACUGGCAAACCUUAGAAGACAUCAGAAGAUGCACACUGGGGAGAAAACUUUCUAUAGUAAAUAAUGUGGCAUAUACUUUUUCUAGAGCUGUCUGUAUGGACCACUGCAGUCUCUACAUCAGAGAAUCAUUAUGAACAUGGGAAACUUGUGAAAGCCUUUAAGGAAUUUUUAAAAAAAACAUCAAGAGUUUAUAGUGAAGGAAAAUUCUAAGAUCAUAAGUUAGUGUAUUACAAAGAAGAAAACUAAGCAUACACAAAAUUCUCAUGUAUUUCAGUGGAAUAUGAUUUUCUGAUUUAAUAGGGAAAUGUUCUUUGGAAACAUUCUUGUAUUGUAAGUGUUGAAAUUGGCUGACAUAAGUACAGUAGAGUUGGCUAGAUUACACUGAAAAGCAUCCUUAUUAGCAAACGGUUUCAUGAUAAUUUGCAUCAAUUGUUACAUCAGAGCUGAUGAACCCAAGUAAAGUGUCGGGGAAGUUAGGUAGAUAGGAAAUGUUGGGCCCUAAAGCCCCACCAAGGCGGAGGUCAUCCCAAGAGACACUCACAGCACUGUUGAUGCAAUAGCAAGAGGAAUUUUUAUUCUGCCACGGCAGAGGUCCCUCAGCCUCGAGAGGAGAAGGACCCCUGCUUUGUCCAUUACAAGCUCUUUUAAAGGAAAAACCACAAAAUCAGGGAGGGGGUAGUACAGAAUCAAAGGGAAAGUCCAAAAAUCAUUUGUCAACUAUUUUGACUAGUUCAUACAACGGUCAGCUAACUCUACUUGAUCAAUGUUAUGGCGGUUACAAGGAGGAAACCUGCAGGUCGUCUCACCCCAGUUCCAGGGUCCGGGUCUAUUGAAGAAAGACUACAAAGGGGAUGGAACGUACUCAAAGCUCCCAUGCACAUGUGGUUGGUUACUAGGGUCCUGGUUCCCAGGAAGGGGGGUGCGGCAGUGCUAAGGUGCUCCAAAGUCAGAAUUAGCCACUAGGGUUUUUUUUUUU